CUAUCGCCCCAUCCCGGAAAGUCUGAAGGGAGAGAAUCCCAGAACUGACGACUGAUUUGGUGCCAAGAUGGAAACCAUCAACAACACAACCCUUAUACUCUCUAUGCAAAGCUUCACAUCCUCCACCCCUUGGUUCACCUCAAACCAAACCUCCUCGAGUUGGGGAACAAGCCAACCAGCACAAGGAGUACUAACGAGAUGGCUGUUUGAGAAAGUCUUGUUUCUCAGCCUGAUGGUAGUCCAAUGUGCUCUUCUUCAUCCCCAAUUCCAACACUCAUCCUCUGCCCGACUGAGCCGUCUAUCGUUGGGCCCGCCGAUCAUCGGAUGGUGGCUCUGCUAUCCGUUCCGGCUCCCGCUCCUGCCCUUCCAAGACCGCAACAUCUUCCCUGGAUUUCUCGCCGCCAUCAUGGUCUUCAAAUCCCUCGAAUGGACCUUCUCCCCCGGCCCUUACCACAUCCGCACUCUCAAAAUCGUCGACGGGACUCCGGUUUGGGAGAAAGAGUCUACUACCAAGAUCUCUUCUGAGAACAGUCAGUCUAACAAUCUGGCCGACCUUGCGCUGUGGACGACUCUGCAAUUCACCUCCCAACGCGGAUUUAGAUGGUCAUGGGGCCCAGCGGCCAAAGGGAACGAGAAUUCGUUCCUCCAGGCGCUCCUGGAAAUCGUCCGACUCCAACUGGUACUUCUCCCGUGUCUCGGGUUUGUGCUUUAUUCGCAAGACUGGGACUCUUAUGAUUUCGACCCACGCAAGCCGCUCCUUAGCUUGGGAGUCCCCUCUUUUCGCGGGCUCGGCCUGUUGGCCGGCGGGAUACAUUCGGCCUGCACGAUGUUUGUGAUCAGCUGCUCGAUCGAGAUGAUCAGUGCGCUCCCGGUGCUCUCGACCUAUCUCUUGUACCCGGCGGCCAAGAGGAUCGGCCUCCCGUCCAAGCUCGUCGAGCUGGCCAAUCCGGCGAACUUUCCUCCCCAGUUCGGCUCCCUGUUCGAGCUCUCCUCUCUGGCCCAUUUCUGGGGAAAGUCGUGGCACCAGAAGUUCCGGCGGCCCUUUCUCUUCUGUGGCGGCAAACCGGCAAUGUCGAUCGCUAGAGCCUUGGGCGGAUCGGCAAAUGUCCAAAAGAUCUCGGGAGUCAUGGGUGUCUUUGCGCUUAGUGGACUGUUCCAUGAAUAUCCGAUGUACGCCUUUCAACGGGCGCCGCAUCCAUACCCUCGAGCCUUAUUCGAGACCUUGCCAGCCAGCUUCCUCUUCUUCUUCCUCCAAUCAUUCGGCGUCAUCCUCGAGCCAUUGAUCAUCCCCUACGUCCCCAGAAGACUUGGGGGCGCCAAGCUCUGGACGGCCGCCUUCUUGCUCCUCACCGCCCCACUCUUCACGCGUGAUAUCUGUCGGCCCGCGGGCAUGUUCAAUCAGUACCGGCCCCCCCACAUGUGGACCUGGAUGGAUGUCGUCAUCCCUGUUCCCAUCGCCGCUCGGAUCCUGUAA